CAUCCCUUUUAGCCUGGAAUUUCUCUUCCCACCGGAUCUCACGCACUCUAGAGCGGGGCCAAGCCCCAGUCUGAGCUCCCCACAGUCCCCGGGGGGUUGAGGUUGGGGCCUCACGUGCACCGUUUCCUUCUCAAGAGGUGGGGCUCCUUGGCAGUGAUGAUUUGGGUCCCUGCUGAUAGUUUAUGAUGCCCCAGGGCCUUGGUGCCUCUGAGGCUUUCAGCCCCCGCCAUGGCUAGCAUUUCAGCUCCCCUGCUCCAGUCACUGUCCCAGGGCCAGCUCUGGUUCCUGCCUAGCCCUACAACUGCAUUGCAUGCCCCAUGUUUGCACCCAGCUGAUCCUCCAUCUAUGCCAGGCCUUCUGCUCUGGCCCGGGAGCGCGUCAGGCACAGGGGACCCCACGAGGAGCUGCCAGGAGCUCAGGCACGUAGCGGAAAGAGCUGUCUUCGCCGUGACAGGAGCUCCUGCAGUGGAGGAGAGCCUUGGAGAACAUCCCUUCGAAGACGGCACUAGCAGAACCACCGAGAUCUCCCUGUUGGGUUAUUAAAAUUCUGAGGCCCAACAGCGCAGGGAGGUGAACGAAACCCUUCCCAGCGCCAAGAGAGAGACGGGGGGUGUGUGACAGAGAGACAGACGGACGGCGUGUAUGAGAGAGACAGACAGACAGCAACAGUGCACAGAGACAAUGUGUGCACGGCGCUGGGCAGUGGGCAAGCGGGUGGGCGCUGGGAACGCGUGUUUCCCCUUGGGGUGUGAGCAGAGCCCAGCAGCCCCAGAGCCCCGUCCGCUCUGCCAGAGCACAACUCCAGGCACUUAUCCCUCCCCGGAGGGGCAGGAACUCAGCGAGAGCCGUCGCUGGUGGAGUUUCCGACACAGGAAAAAAACAAAGGACUAGCACGGAGCGGAAAGAGCUGCGUUCGCCGUGACAGGAGCAGAGCAGGGACGGGACAUGGAGUACGAGGCCAAGAAGGGGAAGAAGGGGUUUGUGUCUCCCAUCAAGCGGCUGGUUUUCCCCAAGGCAGCUCGCAGGCAGGCGGUCAGGAGCAGUGUCUACCGGAGGCCUCUGCAUUCGGUCCCUCUCUACCCCCCAGAUUAUCUCAUCGAUCCCCAAAUACUGCUGCACGACUACGUGGAGAAGGAGGUGAAGUUUUUAGGCCACCUGACCUGGGUGACAUCCUCCUUGAACCCCUCCAGCCGGGAUGAGCUGCUGCAGCUCCUGGACACGGCCCGGCUGAAGGAACUGCCCCUCCAGACAACCCCGGAGCAGGACAGUAUCCUGAGCCUGUCGGCCCGCUGCCUCCUCCUCACCUGGAGAGACAAUGAGGAGCUGAUCCUGAGGAUCCCCACCCAUGAGAUCGCGGCCGCCUCCUACCUGCGGGAUGAUGCCCUGCACCUCCUGGUGCUGAAAACAGGCCUGGGAGUUGACCCCGUUCCUGCAGGGGGCAACCUGGACAUGUACCCAGGGGGCAGUCUGGAGAAAAAGCUCCCUGGAGGGGCAGCUGAGAAGAGGCAGGCGGGGAUCUGCCCGGAGCCCAAGCACCUCGGGGGCACCAUGGAGCGCCGGCACACCAUCUGCAGCCUGGACUGGAAGAUGGCCCGGGGCGGGCAGGAGGGCAGGCAGGGCGGGGGAGGGAGCCUGGAGAGGAAGCAGGCCAGUGGCAGCUGGGAGAAGAGGCGCGGCAGCCGGGCGGGCGGCAGCUGGGAGCGGAGACAGACCUACAGCAGCAGCUGGGAGCGGAGGCAGCUGGGGAAGGCUGGGGGCAGCUGGGAGCGGGGUAAGACGUACGGCAGCUGGGAGCGGAGGCACACAGGGAAUAACCCACUGGAUCCCAAGGAGCCCAGCCCUGAGGCGUAUUGCAACCUCAUCAUCCUGGCCGUGGCCAACAGGGUGAGUAGCCGAGGGUGCUGUCCCCUUGCCAACCCACCCGGCAUUGACCCGCUCCGGAUCACCACCACAGCUGUUUUCUCUCACUGGGUGCAGGAUGCCGCUGAAGAAUCCUGUGCUCUCAUCUGCCAGGUCUUCCAGAUCAUCUAUGGGGACCAGAGCAUCGAGUGCGUAGACCGGGCUGGCUUCCACUACACCUCCACCCCCGAGCGCCCCUGGCUCUCCAGCAGGAGCGAGAGCUGCCGCACUGAUGGAACGUAUGGCUACGACGCUGAUUUCAGCUGCUGCAGCUCAUUCAAUGGCUCCCACGAGACCUUUGACGCAUAUUACAGUGGGACUUCUUCCCCUUCCUUUCGGGAGUCGCGUGACAGCCUGGCCAGUGACCAGAGCAGCGUGGGACUGGAGCAGCUGCAGGACUAUAUGAUCACAUUGAGGAACAAGCUCUCCCCCCAGGAGAUCCAGCAGUUUGCGUUGCUGCUCAGGGAGUACCGGAUGGGAAGGUCCGUCCAGGAAUACUGUUCUGAUCUCCUCCAGCUCUAUGGGGACAAGAGGAAGUUUCUCCUUCUGGGAAUGCGGCCCUUCAUCCCAGAUCAGGACAUCGGCUACUUCGAGAGCUUCCUGGAGAGCAUCGGCAUCCGGGAAGGGGGGAUCCUGACCGACAGCUUUGGGCGGAUAAAGCGCAGCAUGAGCAACACCUCCGCCUCCGCUGUGCGCAGCUACGACAGCUGGUCCCUCCGCUCCGAGUCGGAGUCCUUCAACCGCAUGAUCACGGACAUCACCCACGACAUCGAGGCCCUGGCACGUGAUGAGGAGGAGGAGGAGGAGGAGGAGGAAGACAACUAUCUGUGAGGGACUCCCACCUCCUCCCCCAAAGGGCGCUCGGUGAUUCACUCUGCGGCCAGGAGAUUCCUUGAGAUCCCGAAAACCUCUUGGCUGAAUUCGAAUGGUGCUAGCCCCACUCCAUUUCAGCCGAGCUGGGCUGGCACUAGCCCGCUGUCUUUUUAUCCCUCACUGCUCCAGAGCUGCCGCCUCAUCUCCUCAGUGGUCCUGGACUCUGCAAGGGGCCUGCUGGGGGGGAGAUUGAGCUGUUGCCAUUCGCUGGACCUUGGCUCCACACACCCCAGUGAGGCUCUGUCUGCACCUUGCCCCCGGCUGGAGUGGCUUGGAUUGUAGCACCACUAACAGCGGGAGGGGACUGAGACCUGCCUUACCUGGCGGUGGAUUUCUGGAGCAGCAAUUUACCGUUCAACGUUUGGGAUGAAAUUCUUCUCUCGGUGAGGCCAGUCCCCCCCUCUACAGGUCUGGGGAGGCUCCACGGGGGGAACUGCGGGCAGAGCUUUGUGUAAGGGGCCUGAUCAUUAACGAUCAUCCCAGCAGGAAGAGGGCAGCCGCUGCCCUCCACACGCACUAGCGACUCUCGUCAGCGUUCAUGGGAUUCCCUCGUCGGCACCCAGGGGAGCAGAGACCCUGUGGGCCAGGCGCGGGCAUGUGUUCUGAGUAAUUAGGAACAGCAUUAAACUCCAGGGCUGGUG